GACCGGGAGGUUUUCACCGUUUUCAUUUGGUGUCUGUAAUUCACAUCAUGUCGUGUCCCGUGGGUCCAGGUGUGCGCGCAGUGAAGACUCACAUUGGCCAGCCGGCCCCAGCUUUUAAGGCCACUGCUGUGGUCAAUGGGGAGUUUAAAGACAUCCAGUUGUCAGACUAUUUAGGUAAAUACGUGGUUUUGUUUUUUUACCCAUUGGACUUUACCUUUGUCUGCCCCACGGAGAUCAUUGCCUUCAGUGACCAUGCUGGAGACUUCAGUAAGAUCAACUGCCAGCUGAUUGCCGUCUCCGUCGAUUCCCAGUUCACCCACCUCGCGUGGACCAAUGUACCCCGUAAAGAAGGCGGUUUGGGGCCCAUUAACAUACCCCUGGUGUCUGAUCUGACUCAUUCUAUUGCAAAGGACUAUGGUGUCCUGAAGGAAGAGGAUGGAGUUGCCUACAGAGGGCUCUUCAUUAUUGAUGGAAAAGGAAACCUUCGCCAGAUAACCAUUAAUGACCUUCCUGUUGGCCGCUCUGUGGAGGAGACCUUGCGCCUGGUGCAGGCAUUCCAGUACACGGAUCAACAUGGCGAGGUAUGUCCUGCAGGAUGGAAGCCCGGCAGCAGCACCAUCAAGCCCAAUGUAAAGGACAGCAAGGAGUUCUUCUCUAAAGAAUACUGACCGGCUGAAGCCUACUCACAAGGUGGCUCAUGGAUCCAAUGCACUGACCUCUUCACUGGCCAAACAGAUGCCACUCCCAGUGCUUCCUUCUGUAGGGAAGAGACAGCACUUACUCCUGAUCUUAAUUAAAAGUCUUCUUAAAAAAAAAAA